AUGCUCGCGAGUACGCUCCGCCGCUCCGGCGCGUCCGCGCUGCGCCACGCGCAGCGCAGCAACUUGCCCAGCCGCCGCGUGCUGUGCUCUGCACCCAAGGAGCGCACUGUAAGCGCCGCCAUCCCGCUCUCCGUGGGCGUCGCCACUGGUGGCCUCGCGGGCGUUGUCUCGGCACUCACGGGCGUCGGCGGAGGCAUCAUCCUCAUUCCGGCGAUGGCCAAGUUCACCACCCUGACGCAGCAGGCCAUCAACGGCACGUCUUUGGGAGCGGUGGCCAUCGCUGCGACCGUCGGGGCCUGGAACUACCUCGAGUCGGGCGCCUGCAACGUGCCGCUGGCGCUCACCACCACAAUUCCGGCCAUCGUCGCCACCAAGUACGGCGUGCGCACUGCGCACCGCCUCACGAGCAAGAAGCUGUCGCUGGUCGUGGGCUCCGCCAUGCUGAUGUGCUCGCCGCUCAUCUUCCUCAAGAACAGUCCGUACAUGCCCAAGUGGAGCGACGGCCAGGACCCGCUGGACCUGCAGUUCUUCGUGCCGCAGCAGAAGGACCUGGAGAAGGCUCGGAACUCGGUGCCGGAGGGCGAAGCUCACCCGUCCGUGGCUGCCACGUCCGCUGCAGUCUCGGCCGAGUACAUGGAGAGGGUGAAGGCCGACUGGCAGGGCUUCGCAUUGGUCAACGCCAAGUACGUGUUCGCUGGUGCUGCAGCGGGCUUCAUCUCGGGACUCUGCGGACUGGGAGGAGGCAUCCUCAUCACGUCCUACUUGACGGCAGCGAGCGACAUGCCCCAGGCCACGAUCAUUGGUACGUCGCUGCUGUCCGUCGUGCCCACGGCGGCGUCGUCGACGGUGUUCAAUCUGCGGGCCAAGUCGAUCCACUUGCCCACUGCCGCUCGCAUCGGCGGCUCGCUCGCUGCUGGUGUGUACGUGACCUCCAAGUAUAUUACGCAGGACGUGCCUGAGGACGUGCUGCGCGGCGUUCUGGGCACGACGCUCGGUGCCGCGGCCAUCGUCAUGAUGCGCCGUGCCAUUUAGACUCGUACUCCGUAGACGUGUAAAGAAUGAAAGAAGCACUGCAUUUCCAC